AUGCUUGUUAAUUUUCUCCCGUUCGGUUGGCAACACUUCUCUGUAGUCUGUGAAGAGAAGGUUAAAAUGGCGUCCGGUAGACGUAAUCGUCGUUUCGGAGACACCGAUAGUCCUAUCAAUUAUAUUCAAAUAGACGGAUUGGUGGUUUUGAAAAUAAUAAAACAUUGUCAAGAAGAAGGAGCUGGAGUUAUUGACAUUGCUCAAGGAGUUUUGUUGGGUCUUGGAGUUGAUAAUCGGUUAGAAAUAACUAACAGUUUUCCUUUUCCAAGACACACAGAUGAAGAGGAUUUUGAUGAACUUGAAUUUCAAAUGGAAAUAAUGCGUCAUCUAAGACAAGUAAAUGCUGAUCAUCUACAUGUUGGAUGGUAUCAAAGCACUCAUUAUGGAAAUUUUUUUAAUAAGCCAUUUUUGGAAUCUCAGUUUAAUUAUCAAAAUUCUAUUGAAGAAUCUGUAGUUUUGAUUUAUGAUCCAGUGAAAACAACAAGAGGAUUUCUAUCACUGAAAGCCUAUCGCUUAACUAAGGCAGCAAUGAAAUUAUAUAAAGAAGCAGAAUUUAGUCCAGAAAUGUUGAAAAAUUGCCAUAUGUCUUAUCAGAAAAUAUUCACAGAAAUACCAGUAGUAGUAAAAAAUUCCCACUUAAUCAAUGCUAUGUUGUGUGAGUUAUCAGAAUAUGUACCAGAUGAUGAAGGAAAACAGUUUUUAGAUAUGGGAACAGCUUCUGUUCUGGAAAAAAAUCUUCAAGCUUUGAUGGAGUGUGUAGAUACUGUUAGCCAAGAAAGUAACAAACUUACAAAUUAUCAACGACAAGUUUUGAAACAGCAACAAGCUAAGCAUCAGUAUUUGCAAAAACGAGCACAAGAAAAUGCAUCCAGAGCAGCAAAAGGUGAACCACCUCUUCCAGAAGAAGAUAUUAACAAAUUAUUUAAACCCAUACCACCUCCAUCUCGCUUGGAUGCUCUCUUGAUGUGCGGUCAAAUUAAUACGUAUUGUCAGCAGAUGUCACAGUUUGCCGCACAAAAUAUUGGAAAAUUAUUUAUCGCCGAAGCCUUACAGCAACAGCAAGACAAAAUUAUAACUUAAUAUUCUUAAUAUUAAUGUGUUGCAAUUUUGUUGUUUUUGUUCAGUCAAAUUGGAACAUAAUAAACUGGGUUAUUUUUAAUUUUAAAGAAAUACAAAUAAAAGGUUUUCUUAUAAAAA